GUGUAUUAUUUCCCCCUGAAACGUGGAUAGCACGCAUGUCAUCGGGGCCACUACUACUGUAGUGAAAUCCAUACGCCAUGAUAAACAGUUUCAAAGAGAAAAUUGGCGAGGUUUUAUUACCUGGAGAUGUCUUUACGUUUGAACCGCCUGCUCCGGAGACCAACUUGAAGCCCGAAAAAGUGGUCUGUGGCCCGGGAUUACGACGGGACGGAGAUGAUGUGCGCGUGUGUAAAUGUGGCGUCCUACGACACAAAACUCCAAAUGUGUUUUGGAUAGACUCGCAGCAGAAAAGGUAUGUACCGGUGAAAGGGGAGACGGUCAUUGGCGUGGUGACAGCCAAAUCCGGAGACAUCUUUAAGGUGGACGUGGGCGGUAGCGAGCUUGCCUCCCUGUCCUACUUGGCCUUCGAAGGGGCCACCAAGCGGAACCGACCCAACGUACAGGUGGGGGACUUGGUGUUUGCCCAGUUUAUCAUUGCUAAUAAGGACAUGGAGCCAGAGCUGGUGUGUAUCGACAGCUGCGGUCGAGCCAACGGGAUGGGCGUCUUUGGAGAAGGAGGCUUCCUCUUCUGCGUGUCACUGGGACUCGUGCGCAGGUUGCUGGCGCCUCAGAGUGAGAUCGUGGCGGACCUGUCGGGUCUGUUUCCGUGUGAGUUGGUGGUGGGGAUGAACGGGCGGGUUUGGGUCAAGGCCAAGUCCACUCAGCAGACCCUCAUCCUGGCCAACCUGCUGGAGAGCAGCGAGAACAUGACCGCCACGCAGAGACAGGCGCUGUUCAGGAGAGUGGCGGACGGAGCACUAUAGAGAGAGAGAGAGGGUGUGUGUGUGUGUGUGUGUGUGUGUGUGUGUGUGUGUGUGUGUGUGUGUGUGUGAGUGUGUGUGUG